AUGGAUCUUCUCGACAAGCUGAAAAGCCUGACUAUCCGCAAGCCACAUGGAAGGUCUAUCCCCCCAAGCCAGAUGCUGAUACCAAAACCGGUCCAGAGCGGUCAUGGCUCAGAAAGCAGCAAGAAGAGAGUUCGCCCCGCAAAGAUACCAGUCGCUGUCAUUGAUAUGAUGAUCAUGCCCAAACCAAAGUCAUCACCACUGAAAACCCUUCAAAGCCUCCCUACAGAGCUUUUGAUUCAAAUCGCCACUCUCCUCGCCCCAAUCGACCGCGCAAGCCUUGCCUUCACAUCAAGUUGGCUUCAUGGGCUUUUCGGCAACGCCACAAAGCUUAACGGAUUCGAUCGUUGGAAACUUCUUAAACGGCUUGAACAAAGCAACAUGUGGCCUUCUGAAAUCCUCUGCGAGAUUUGCCGGAAAUUCCAUGAGCCUCGCAAGAGCCGCCGAACAUUCACUGAAAAAGAAGGCCAGCGAGCCUGUAUCCGUAAUGGCGCUUCACAUCUUCAGCGAUUGUCCAUAUCUCCGUAUCUUUCGAGGGAGAUUCAUUUCGAUGUCAUGGCGGCUAUAUCGAGGUCUCAUCAUCUCACGCCAAACGCGCUAUUUCCAGGCGAGCCAAGUGUACAGUUUGUGGCGCCGUAUGUUAAUGAUGAGGACGAACUAGUUAUACGGCUACAGCAGACUGUACAUUUCUCCCAUCAGGGGCACGUCCUCAUAAAGUCACAGAGGAUACUGUUUCCCGGACGAGAUGCGGGCCGCGAGGCGAAUAAGAUCAUUCAGGGUACUGGAACUCUACACCGGGUUCUUCAGGAGACCUACGAACUCGGUACGAUCUGUGGGCAUGCUAGGUGGGCUGAUAUUUAUCCGUUCAUCACUCGCCCAGACGAACAGUUUGGAUGGCACCAAGGACAAUGGUCAUUCCGCCAUUCAUCAUUACAAGAGUUUGACCUUCCCGGCGAAGAACUACAAGAGUGUCUAUGGACUCACAAGGGAGAUUGCUGGGUGAACUGCCAAGCAAGGACAAGGCUUGACAGCGCCCUCGAAGGUCGCAUAUGGUCUUGUGGCGGUUGUUCAACUGACUACGCCGUCAACAUCAUCCGAUCUGAAAGCUCGUGCGCGAAUUAUAUUGUCAUGACAUCAUGGAAAGACGUCGGGACUUGUAUUAGAAGGGAUGAUCCGCUGUGGAAGGAGCAUAUGAACUACGGUGUUCAUGCGGGCCACAAACGCGAAGAAUUUGGUAAGAUCGCGGGUGAGAUUGAGAAGUUGACGAGGGGCACCGGGAGGCAAGUGUACUAUUUCCCUCGCAUUUCGAAGAAAAGGCUUCGGGAGAUGUUCAUUGAUGAGGGAGGAUGUGAGGAGAAGAUGAUCACAAGAGAUGUAGAGGUAGAUUCGUGA